UUCCAGUGCUCUAGGGUUUUGAUUGAUUGAUCGAUCGCGCGGUGGGAGCGUGGAGCGGCGAGGAUUCCGUCCGCGGCGGCCAGGUAUUUCGAGCAGGAAUCCCGCAAUCUCGGUCCAGAUCUAGGAGGAGCUAGGAAAGGGAAUCGAUCGCAACCGAUCGAGAAGAACCGAUCGAUCAUCCAGAGGAGGAGGAAGGAGGAGGAGGAGGAGGGCAUAAUGUCUUCGGCGGUGAGGCCCGGCGCUGGCGCCGACCACGACUACCGCAUCAAGCUGCUGCUCAUCGGCGACAGCGGCGUGGGCAAGAGCUGCGUGCUGCUGCGCUUCUCGGACGACUCCUUCACCACCAGCUUCAUCACGACCAUCGGCAUCGACUUUAAGAUCCGGACCAUCGAGCUGGACGGGCGGCGCGUCAAGCUCCAGGUGUGGGACACGGCCGGGCAGGAGCGCUUCCGGACCAUCACCACCGCCUACUACCGCGGCGCCAUGGGGAUCAUCCUCGUCUACGACGUGACGGACGAGUCCUCGUUCAACAACAUCCGCAACUGGGUGAAGAACAUCGAGCAGAACGCGAGCGAGAAUGUGAGCCGGGUGCUGGUGGGCAACAAGGCGGACAUGGACGAGAGCAAGAGGGCGGUCACCACCGCGCAGGGCCAGGCGCUGGCCAACGAGUAUGGGAUCCGGUUCUUCGAGACGAGCGCCAAGACCGGGCAGAAUGUAGAGGAGACGUUCUUCGCCAUCGCCAGGGAUAUCAAGCGCAGGCUCGAGGAGAGCGAGGCUGCGCGGCCCGAGGUGGCGAGCAGUAACAUACAGAUCACGCGGCCGGAUCCGGGGACCGGGCCGGGGGCCGGGGCGGCGGGGCAAAGAUCGGCCUGCUGCUCUUAGCUGAUCUUUGCUUCCACCAUCGCUCGCUCCAUCGCCAUCGCCGUCGCCAGGGAAAAGCACGAUCUUUGGAGGAUGGAUUCCAAGUGCUUCAUCCUCGCUACUUAUUCGAGGUACUUCUUAGUACCUCAAACUUCUCUUCUUCUCUUUCCUCUCUUUUUUUUUUUUUCCUUGUUUCUUCCUCUCUUUGAUAUGCUAUCACGAUUUUUUUGGUGUUUGUUUCUAGUUUUCUUCGAUUUUUUCGCUGGUUGAUUUGCUGUAAAGAGUGCGUUGACUUGUCUCGUUGCAAUCCAUCGAAACGAUUUGCUCGAAGCGUCAAAAUCUCUUUUUUCGUUUCCCAUGAUGCGACGAUAAGCUUCUUCGAGCUUUUCAGUGCGCGUGUGUUCUUCCAGACUUGACUGUUUCAAGUUUUUGACAAAUCGAGAGAGCUUUUGCGCUGUCAUGCUCUGCUCACCGAUCAUUGGCACUUGAUUCUGUCAAGCAAGAAAGCUCGUCUUUUCUGUGCGA